ACAAAGAAAUCGUAGUUCGAGUGUUUGAAAAGGCCUUUUGAAGUGAAGUUAAAUGGGGCAAGUUAUAUUUAUAUUUUAUUUUCCAAUCCAAAUAGUUAAUGAAUAUUUGUUGUGUGAAUUCCGAGAACAAUUGAAGAUGAAGAUUCUUUAUUCUCCGAAUAACUCAUCACGCUUGCACUACUUGUAACUAACUCUCCAAAGGCAUGUGUUCUGUUAACGACGACCUUCCUCAACUCGAACUUGAACUGGGCCUUCUUCAGGGUGAAGGAAGCCAACAAUACACAGGAGAUGGCUCUGUUGACUUUAGAGGGAGGCCUGCUAUUAAGCACAAUACUGGCAAUUGGAGGGCUUGUCCAUUUAUUCUAGGCAAUGAAUGCUGUGAACGUUUGGCUUUCUUUGGCAUUGCAACAAACCUUGUUACGUAUCUUACCACCAAACUACAUGAAGGAAAUGCUUCUGCUGCUAGAAAUGUCAGCAUCUGGCAAGGAACUUGCUAUCUUACACCACUCAUUGGAGCUGUUCUUGCAGAUGGUUACUGGGGACGAUACUGGACAAUUGCUGUUUUCUCUAUGAUUUAUUUCGUUGGGAUGUGUAUCUUGACUCUUUCUGCAUCUGUUCCAGCGUUGAAGCCACUUGAGUGUUUGGAUUCGGUAUGUCCUCCGGCUACUCCUACACAAUAUACUGUGUUCUACUUUGGUCUCUAUGUAAUUGCACUAGGGACUGGUGGUGUAAAAGCAUGUGUGCCGUCUUUUGGGGCAGAUCAGUUUGAUGAUACUGAUUCCAAGGAAAAGGCCAAGAAGGCUUCCUUUUUCAACUGGUAUUACUUUUCUAUUGACCUUGGUGCCAUUGCAUCAUGCAGCUUCAUUGUGUGGGUUCAAGAUAAUGCAGGGUGGGGUCUUGGAUUUGGCAUUCNUGCUUUAUUUAUGGGGUUAUCCAUUGGAAGUUUCUUUUUAGGCACCUCUCUCUACAGGUUUCAAAAACCAAGGGGUAGCCCUAUUACAAGAAUGUGUCAGGUUGUGCUUGCGUCUGUUCGGAAGAAGAAUCUGGUUGUGCCUGAGGACAGUAGUCUCCUGUAUGAGAUGCCAGACAAGAAAUCUGGAACUGAAGGAAGUCGCAAGCUGAUGCAUAGAGAUGAUCUGAGGUAUUUUGAUAGAGCAGCUGUAGUGUCUGCUUCAGAGAACAGAAGUGGUGAAUAUUCUAAUCCAUGGAGGCUUUGCACCGUGACACAGGUGGAGGAAUUGAAAAUCUUGAUUCGCAUGUUGCCAAUUUGGGCUACUGGAAUAAUUUUUUCUGCCGUCUAUGCCCAGAUGUCAACAUUGUUUGUGGAGCAAGGAACUAUGAUGGACACUAGUAUUGAUUCCUUCAAAUUAUCCCCGGCUUCCCUCUCAACCUUUGAUGUGGUAAGUGUUGUUUUGUGGGUCCCCGUCUACGACAAGAUACUUGUUCCUAUUGCAAAGAAAUUUACAGGCAAGAAAAGGGGCUUUUCCGUAUUUCAAAGAAUAGGAAUUGGCCAUUUUAUUUCUGGGCUGUGCAUGGUAUCAGCUGCUAUUGUGGAGAUUAAGCGUCUGCAGCUUGCAAGAGAGCUUGAUCUUGUUGAUAAACCUGUGGCCGUACCCCUUAGUGUAUUCUGGCAAAUACCUCAAUAUUUCUUAGUAGGCGCAUCGGAGGUAUUCACAUUCAUUGGGCAGCUUGAGUUCUUCUAUGAUGAAUCACCGGAUGGUAUGCGGACUUUAUGCAGCGCACUGCCGCUCCUGAAUUUUUCAUUGGGGAAUUACCUGAGCUCUUUCAUUCUUACUAUGGUAACUUACUUCACUACACAAGGGGGAAAUCCUGGAUGGAUUCCAAAUAACUUGAACAAUGGACAUCUUGAUUACUUUUUUCUACUCUUAUCUGGACUUACCUUAUUAAAUAUGUUGGCGUUCAUACUUGCUGCCAAAAUGUACAAGCAGAAGAAGUUAUGCCACCUAAUGGCAGGAGCCACUUCUGGUGUAACUUACGAUGGGUGGAAAGAAGUAUAUAAGGAAUUCGGAAAAAUCAUGUGGCUCUGCCUCAUAAGUGAAAAAGCACUCCCAACUCCUUUUCAAACUCACAAAAGGGAAAUUUCAGACUGGCGGGUAUCAAAUUUUUACCUACCAUUCUAUGUAGGCAUUAUAAUUAUAAAAAUAGAAUGGAACAUUAAAAUUAGCCCCAUCAAUUUGAGACAGUCGAGACUAAGAAUGGAACAUUUAGAGAAACCUAAUAGAUUAUUUCUGGAAGAUGGUCUUCUGCAGUCUGAAGACAGUCUUCACACAGGAGAUAGGUCAGUGAACAUAAAGGGAGAGCUUGCUGUCAAGUGUGAAACUGGGACAUGGAAAGCAUGCCCCUUUAUUUUAGGUACUUUCUUUUGUGAACGUUUGGCAUAUUAUGGGAUUGCUACAAAUCUUGUCACUUAUCUCACCACCAAACUACAUCAAGGACUUGUUUCAGCCGCGAAAAAUGUUACAGCUUUUCAAGGAACUUGCUAUCUUACACCUCUCGUUGGAUCCUUCUUCGCCGAUGCUUACUUGGGAAGAUACCGGACAAUUGCAGUGUUCUACGGAAUCUAUCUCAUUGGAAUCUGCAUAUUGAUUCUUUCAGCAACUAUUCCGGCAUUGAAGCCAAUGGAAUGUGUGGGUUCUGUAUGUCCAUCAGCAACUUUACCUCAAAGUUCUGUGUUCUUCAUUGGACUCUUUUUAAUUGCACUAGGGACUGGUGGAAUCAAGCCAUGUAUUUGGCCUUUUGGGGCAGACCAGUUUGAUGAUACAGAUCAUAGGGAAAGAGCAAGUAAAGGAUCAUUCUUCAAUUAAAAUUAUUUCACUAGUAACAUUGAUGCACUUUUAUCAGUCACUAUAUUGGUAUGGACUGAAGAAAAUCUUGGUUGGGGACUUGGAUAUGGAAUUUCUGCAUUGUUUGUUGGUAUUGCAAUCCUAAUUUUCUUUCUAGGUACACCAAUUUAUAGAUUUCAAAGGCCAAGGGGAAGUCCUCUUACAAAAAUUUGCCAGGUGAUUUCUGCUGCUUUUUUCAAGAAGAAUUUGGAGGUUCCACAAGACAGUUGUCUCCUCUUUGAAAUAGCAGUGAGGAAUUCCUCCAUAGAAGGAAGUCCUAGACUAGAGCAUAGUGAUGGAUUGAGGUUCCUUGAUAAAGCAGCAGUGAUAUCGGAUGCAGAAAAAGAGUGCGGCGAAGUGACUAGUUCAUGGAGGCUUUGUACAGUCACACAAGUGGAAGAGUUAAAGAUUUUGAUCCGAAUUUUUCCAAUCUGGGCAUCAGGAAUCAUCUUCUCUUCUGUUUAUGCACAAAUGUCUUCAUUGUUUGUUGAACAAGGCAAAAUGAUGGACACAACUAUUUCUUCUUUGAAAAUUCCGGCAGCCUCUCUUUCAACUUUUGACAUCAUAGCUGUCAUUAUUUGGGUUCCAAUUUAUGAUAAAGCGAUUGUUCCAAUAGCAAGAAAAUUCACUAACAAAGUAAGAGGCUUCUCAGAAUUGCAAAGAAUGGGAAUUGGCCUUUUACUCUCCAUUAUUUGCAUGUCAUCUGCUGCAUUAGUAGAGAGCAAGAGAUUGCAAAUAGCAAAAGAAUUCGAUUUGAUAAAAGAAAAUAUCUCUGUACCAUUUAGUAUAUUAUGGCAGAUACCUCAAUAUUUCUUGCUUGGUGCUGCUGAGGUAUUCACUUUUGUUGGACAACAUGAGUUUUUCUAUGAACAAGCGCCGGACGGCAUGCGCAGUUUCUGCAGUGCAUUGGCACUUUUAACAAAUUCUGUGGGGAAUUAUUUGAGCUCUUUGAUUCUCACCAUUGUUGAUUACAUCACAACAGAAGAUGGAAAAUGUGGAUGGAUAACAAAUAAUUUGAAUGAGGGUCAUCUUGAUUAUUUUUUCUGGCUUCUAGCUGGACUUAGUUUGUUAAAUAUGUUGGUGUACAUUUUUUAUGCGAGACAGUACAAACAAAAGAAGGUUUGUCAUUUGAGUCUUCCUUAAGUGAAGUGUUUGUGACUGUAAGUAGAAUUCUUGUAGUAAUUAUUUUUUUGACCGAGUGUUUGUGUAGAGUUCCAAAAUGUAGCAUAUAAAAGUUAAACAAAUAAAGAAGUGGAUCAAAAUUAAAGGCAUAUUGAGGUUAUUGGCAUUAAA